AUGAUCUUCAAUGCUGAUGAGGCCCACAACAUAGUUAAGGAGUGCAUAGAAAGUGUUUUAGGCAAGGCAGAUUAUAAUCACAACAAAGUCAACCAGUGGACUGCUGCUAUAGUAGAACAGUCGCUGACACAUCUGGUAAAACUUGGAAAGACAUAUAAGUACAUUGUAACCUGUGCAGUGAUGCAGAGGAGUGGAGCUGGUCUUCACACGGCAAGCUCGUGCUUCUGGGAUACCACAACUGAUGGAACCUGCACAGUGAGAUGGGAAAACCGAACAAUGAACUGCAUUGUCAAUGUGUUUGCUGUUGCUAUUAUCCUGUAACUGACUGGAAGAUAAAUACAAGCAACACCGAAGCCUUUAAAAAAAAAUUGUCCAAACAUAUGGCUAAAUAUUUCAAACCAUUAUUUGUUUUUGUAUGAGGAGCAUAAAUAAGUUCUCUACAAAGAGCGUACAGUCUAAGCCAGUUCUCAUAGAUUAAUUAUCUGAAAACUAGCAAAAAAAUAUAAAAUAUAUAUGUAUGUAUCUAUCUAAAGAGGAAAGUUUUAGUAAUUUAAAUAUUCAGAUGUAUAUUUAAUGAGAAAAAUGCCACAAAGAUCAAUAGAAUUUGUAUCAAAGCUAAUAUCAAAGAUACUUUAUUUAAGAGGGACAAACCACAUCAAAUCAAAGGAAAUCUUAAAGGGCAAGCAAGACCUCUCAGGAUUAUGAUGCAUUUGGAAACAAAUUAUGAACACAAUUCAAAGUGGAUAUACUGUAGACAAUACUAGUGCCUCAUGUUUGAUUGAACAAAGCUAACUGUCACAUUCAGUGCUGGUGCUUGUGGAAUUGCAUGAGCAU